UACAAUAAAUAAAUCAAUCCACAUACACCAUAAUACCCAGCACAUACUUAUAUCCAGUCAUCAUUUAGUGUACAUUAGCAAGAAUAACAUUAACCUUCCUCUACCUGUCAUGACAUGAACCAUAUGUGUAUACAUGUAACACACAAUAAGCUGACAACAGCCUACAUAGGGUAAUCAUAUGUUUGACUGUAAGAUACAAUGAACUAGCACAUGAUAGACAAGAGGACAUGAUAGGCAAUGUGCUUAGGUGAGUACAGUGUUCUUAGAGCUAGUGAUGAUGAUGAUGAUACUCCCCCACCAGUACCAGCCUAUAAUCCUAAUGGAGUACAAGAAUACUAUGAACUGAAGAGAGAGGGAGAGAAUAAGGGUCAACAGGGUCUGUCUACUGGUGCUACUGGACUAUAUUCAACCAUUAACAAGGACACUAACAACCAGGUGUUAGUUGAUGAAUCAGCUCAUAAGCCAGUGUAUGCUGAUCUGGCUAUUGCUGCUAAAGGGAAGAGACCACAGGGAGCACCAACACAAGAACAACCAGUGGUAUAUGCAUCAGUUAACAACAAAUCUGUUCCUCCUCCCAUUCCUCCUCCAGCUGCUCCUCAUAAAGUAUUGUAUCCUGAUCUAUCAAUAGCAGCUGGUAAGAGGACACCAAAGAAUAAACCACCCACUGAGGAAAGAGUAGUCCAUGCAGCAGUCAAUGGAAAUAGGAAGUCCACUACUCAAGAGCUGAUCAUGGAUAGGUUAGGUGGUCUGGACAUUCCUCCUCCAAUACCAUCAAAACCAAAACCUUGCAACCAACACAAAGACAUCAAUCCUCCCUGUCUCCAGUAGUGUAGAAUGGACAUACUUUAGUAUAAUGUACU